UCCUGGAGGGCCAGGAAGCAGCUCUCCUCAGCCUGUCCCUGCCUGUGCAGUACUGCAACCCUCAGCCACUGGGACCACCUGUUGCUUGUUGUCCCUGGGGCCAGAACUUGGGACAUUGAGCUCUCUUUCGUGGCCUGGGCAGGGCCUGAUUGCCAAGUUCACACUGCUCCCUGCGAGGGUGGUGGGCUGGAAGGACCAUACUCCAAGACUCACCAGAGCUGCAAGAACCUGGAUCUUGGAGUUGGCAUCCUCAGUGGGAGAGCCAUCUGCUUACAGGGUGUGCAGGGCUUAGCUCAGGGACAUGACAGAUGCCCUAGAGACCAGCAGGGCUGCGGUUGGGGCAAUUCCUCUAAAAGUGGCCCCCACUCUCGGGAAACACUGCCUCUGGCUGUGGCUCCACAGGGGUGUCCUGGGCCUCAAGCCCCUAUGCCUGGGGACCCCACAUAGGGCAGGGGACUGAUGGUGUCCUCUACAGCUGGGGCAUCUCUUGGUCUCAUUGGGACCAGACAGGGUCACAGGACAUUUUUCCAUCCAGUCUCAGAGCAGACACUUCCUGGGGCCCCAGCCCCCUGGAUAGGGCACAUUAUGGCCGUGGCUGCAUUUGAUGUCCCCACCUACCCCCAUCCCUGGGAGGGGCUCCAUGGUGCAAGGGCCUGAAGUGGGCAGGGGAAGACCUUUGGGUCCUGUAGUUCCUUAAGCUCUCCUGUGACAUGCUGUUUUCAGGGUGCUUUUAGAUGCCCAUGAUUGCUGUCAGGACUCAGCCACAGGGCCAUGGACACUGAGAAUCACAAGUCAGACCAAGUAGAUACCCUCGGCCACAUUUCCAGUGUUCACAGCUGUGUGACUGGUCAGCAUAUACAGGCCAUUUCCUCCCUGCCCACUUCUCUGGGACCUCACUUUUUGGCACCUAUUAAUCAGUUGAGGAAGGGCCUAGACCAGAAGUUGGGCACCUGGGUUUCAGCAGGGGACUGGGGAGGGGUGCUCACUAAAUGCAAAGUCCUGCCAUGCAUCAGCCUCUCCCAACCCCGUCAGUCACUGGUCAGAGAAAGGCCCGGCUACACCCAUCAGGCAUCUUUGUGCUGCAGAGGGUUAACCCCCCAGCAGAAAGGGCUUAGAUUUGAUUCCAGAACUUGUUGGCAGGGUAUGACCUUCAGAAGCGGCAUGGAGGAGGUUGUGGAAUCUCUCCUGGGAAGGGAACAAAACCCCAUUGUUGCUAGGUGGGAUGCAGAGCCCCUGCACCUCUGCCUGGACAGUGACUUCCAGGUGGCGGGCCAGCCUGGGCCUGCUUUGGGAAAGAUCCUGGCCCGGGGAUGGGUAGGGGAGCCCGAGGAGUUGUCCAGCCCUGCCCCCUCCUGCAGGGCAGCUUUGAUCCCUGGGCCUUUCCAUCCCUGAGCCCAGGGCCUGGAGGAAGGAGGGGCUCCGGUUACAGGGUUCCCCCUCCCUCUCCAGCCAGAGCCAGCCCUUCUCCGCCCCUUGGUGACCCUUGUGGCCAGUGUCUCUGUGCUUCUGGGUGCUGGCCCCUCCCCAGCCUUCCUCGCCUUUCCCCGCCCCCUGCCCUGAGCUGACCAGAGGGGCCAGGCGGGGGAGGGGCCAGUGCCACAUGCACAGACUCAGCUCGGAGAGACCCGGACCCACCCAGCCCCUGGGACAGCGUCUACCGUGAGCUCCGACCUUGCUGGAGAGAGGGGAGCCCAGGGUCAGAGGGCAGGGGUACCGACCACAGGUGUGGGAGGGUGGAUGCCUGUAGGGAGUGGGGCUCGGCAGGGCCUGAGGAGGGGCUAGUGGCCACACAGCCCCACCCCUGGUCCCACAGUCCCCAUGCCGGCCUCGAGGCCACUCCUGCCGCUGCUCCUCCUGGUUGGGCUGACUUCAGGGGCCAACCUGCCGCCAGGACCCGGGAGCCAUCCGGGUGUGUGCCCCAACCAGCUCAGCCCCAACCUCUGGGUGGACGCCCAGAGCACCUGUGAGCGUGAGUGCAUCGGGGAUCAGGUGAGCGUGGGCACAUCCCUGCUGGCCCGGUUGGGGGGUGGGCAGACUGUAGGGGCCCAGAGUGUCUGGAGGUUCUGGCCAGCCUGGGGGAAGCCCAGACCUCACCCCUGCCCUAGGCCUUGCCUGCAGAGGGGACCCUGGCAGCCCUCAGCCCUGGGAGUUCACUCCCUCCUUGGGCUCCCCACUGUUCUGCUAGUUUCACACUAUGCUCUGUAUGAGGGUCCCAGGGGAAAGACACCCCUAGUCUUUGCCUUCGUGUGUUUGAAGAUUGGGGGGCCCCCUUCUUACUCCCCAGACCCGCACACCCCCACCAUGCACCACUGAAGUGGCCUUAAACACAUUUUAUGUCCUCUCCAGCCUCAGUGUCCACAUCUGUAUGACAGGAAUAAUAAAAAAAUCUGCUUUGGGGACCAAAGGAUUCAAUGAGGUUCAAUGAGAUGACAUGGGUGAUGGGCAUACCAGGGAGCUGUAGUUCACUGUACAACAUGGCAUGCAAACUUCUGCAAACCUGCUCAGCUCCCAGAGGGGAAACAGAUUCAGGGAGAGGCAGCAGGAGAUGCACCCCUGACCGUGCUGGGGGGUAUUAGGGUGUCCACUGAGCUGUCCCCCACCCUCUAGGACUGUUCAGCCACCGAGAAGUGCUGCACCAAUGUGUGUGGGCUGCGGAGCUGUGUGGCGGCCCGCUUCCCCAACAGCGGCCUGGAGGUGGCACCCGUGCAGGCAGCCUCCUGCGAAGGCUUUGUGUGCCCGCAGCAGGGCUCCGACUGUGACAUCUGGGAUGGACAGCCCGUGUGCCGCUGCCGUGACCGCUGUGAGAAGGAGCCCAGCUUCACCUGCGCCUCGGACGGCCUCACCUACUACAACCGCUGUUACAUGGACGCUGAGGCCUGCCUGCGAGGCCUCCGCCUGCAUGUCGUGCCCUGCAAGCAUGUCCUCAGCUGGCCACCCAGCAGCCCAGGGCCCCCUGAGACCACUGCCCGCCCGACGCCUGGGGAUGCCCUGGUGCCGCCUGCCCUCUACAGCAGCCCCUCCCCACAGGCAGUGUAUGUGGGGGGCACAGCCAGCCUCCACUGUGAUGUCAGUGGCCACCCGCCACCUGCCGUGACCUGGGAGAAGCAGAGUGACCAGCGGGAGAACCUGAUCAUGCGGCCAGACCAGAUGUAUGGCAAUGUGGUGGUCACCAGCAUCGGGCAGCUGGUGCUUUACAACGCCCGGCUUGAGGAUGCCGGCCUCUACACGUGCACCGCACGAAAUGCUGCUGGCCUGCUGCGGGCUGACUUCCCGCUCUCCGUGGUCCAGCGAGAGCUGGCCAGGGACGGGGCCCCUGACGCCCCGGCUGAGUGCCUUCCCAGCACACAGACCUGUGUUGGCCCUGACUCUGGCCUAGUCCUUUGGCACUUUGACCCACAGCGGGGUGGCUGCAUGACCUUUCUGGUUGGCAGCUGUGUAGGGAGUGCCCAGGGCUUUGAGACCUAUGAGGCGUGCCAGCAGGCCUGUGCUCACGGCCCCAGGGAUGCCUGCGUGCUGCCUGCCGUGCAGGGCCCCUGCCAGGGCUGGGAGCCACGCUGGGCCUACAGUCCGCUGCUGCAGCAGUGCCACCCCUUCGUGUACAGCGGCUGCGAGGGCAACGGCAACAACUUUGAGAGCCGUGAGAGCUGUGAGGAUGCCUGCCCUGUGCCGCGAACAAUGCCCUGCCGGGCCUGCCGGCUCCGGAGCAAGCUGGCACUCAGCCUGUGCCGCAGCGACUUCGCCAUCGUGGGCCGGCUGAUCGAGGUGCUGGAGGAGCCCGAGGCAGGCAGUGGCGGCAUCGCUCGUGUGGCCCUGGACGAUGUGCUUAAGGAUGACAAGAUGGGCCUCAGGUUCUUGGGCACCAAGUACCUAGAGGUGACACUGAGUGGCAUGGACCGGGCCUGCCCCUGCCCCAACGUGACAGUGGGCGAUAGCCCACUGGUCAUCAUGGGCGAGGUACGAGACGGCGUGGCCAUGCUGGACGCAGGCAGCUACGUCCGUGCUGCCAGUGAAAAGCGAGUCAAGAAGAUCUCGGAGCUGCUAGAGAGGAAGGCCUGUGAGCUGCUCAACCGCUUCCAGGACUAGCCAAUCCACCCACCCAACCCCACACCCACCCACCCCACCUCUGGCAGCUGAAUAAAAGUCCUGGACCGCAAGGCCUGACCCUUCCCGACCUGGCCUGCUUCAGCAGGGAUCCUCCCACCACAUGGGGCUUUGGCUCCAGUCUGAGGUCACCAAGGAGCACCAGCCCCCUUCUAGGGAGCCUCCUGUGUCCCUGCGGAAGCACAAGUGAGGACCAGCCACUGAGGUGGUGCCACCUCCCAUGGUAGAAGGCCAGACAUCCAGUUCAGUGUUGUCUCAGCGAUCCCUGGGUCCUCCCUCCCUCUCUCCCUCCCCUCACUGUCCGAGUGGAGCAACAGAGUCCAGGAUGCCCCCAAGCCCUGACCUACAGGCCAAAGCCCUCCUGCCCACAGUAUGGAACCCUCGGAGAGACAGCCUGCCCACCCAUCAUCCUCCAUACCAGCAGUGGGGCA